AUGCCUUCACAACACCACUCAUCAGAACGAGUCGAAAUACAACCGACACUGUGCAGCAGCACGAUUGCUCAAGAUAGAUUCAAAGUACGACGAGGGAAUGAUCGAGUAGCCAGCAAAGGCGCAAAGCCCAGUCUUCAGGAUGGAUUUACUGAGUUUCUGACUGCCGCCAUUGAUCGUGCCAGGGACAGCAGCCUUCUACAAGAAGACGAUAUCAAAUCGUAUGACCCAGCUGCUAUAGUUGCUCUACCUAGACUAGCCCUGCUGGUAGCCAUGCUAGAACACGAUUGGCGCUGGAUGAAAUGGGAGCAAGACCCUCGAUGGAUAUUAACAAAGAAAGAGGAACAAGAGGCAAUCACAUCCGGAAAGCAUUGGUUCCGCAAACGGGAGCUUCAAUUGCAGGAGCUGGCUUUAGAAUGCCAAAAUAUAUCAUUUGACGACCGCCUUCAAUUAGAACAGACUAUUGUCAACGGACAAGGCGGAACUGCUUUCAAGAAAAUUUGCAGUCUGGCUGAUAAUCUGAUGAUCAGCAAUAGCAGCUUUUGCAAAAUGAUGCAAUCAGCCAUUGACGACUGGAAAUUGAAGCAAACUGAAGAUGAAGUAGAGAGUUUGUUGAUUUAA